UGGAUUUUACGAUUAUAUUAUCAUUUAUUUAACAAAAUAGAGGUAUAAUCUCGUACUUAGUUACAUGGAGGAUUAGAUGAAUAAACCAACACAUAAUGCGAAAAUAAGUAAAUCUCGGGUUACUAAAUGGGAAGUGAUAAAGAAUUGUCAAUAUACUGACAAUCACUUGUCAAAAAUAAUAACUUUAUAUGUGAUUAAGGCGACCCAAUUGCCAGAUCUUCAUACAGAAGAGCAACUUGAAGUUAGUACCACUUUAGUAAGAAUGAGCGUAGCAGAUGAAAAUAUAUUUUUUCACAAAGCCGUUGCUAUUGAAAUUAUGAAAGAGAUUUUUCCAUAUAAAUUUAGUAGCAAAAAAAAGAAUAAUAUAUCCAGGUUAGAAGACUUGUAUAAUCACUUAUGUUCUAUUAUUAGUAAUAGCCUUCCAAGGGAGAUACUUGAAAGCUUAAUAAAAGAAUAUAGGAAUUCUGUUAAUCUAUUGAGAACAAUUAUUUAAUACUUUAAUCUAGUACAUUAACCAUGGUGUAUAAUUUACCAACCCAUAAAAUGAUAGCUUCUUUGUGCUGCUAAGAUACGAUUAAGGGAAUUCUCAGCACUCAAUAAUCGUUUAAAAAUAAAAAAGUGUAAAUACAGAUAAGAGAUGAGUAUAGUAUACACAAGAGAAAAGAUUCAGAGUAACCACAGAAUAUAGACCAUAAGAUAAACAAGGCGAUAAAAGAUAGAGAAUAACUUUAUUUCUUGUUUACAUUUGUGGCUUUGUAUAUAAU